UGACGCGUUUACUGCCACGUUGGCAGCGUUCCUGAGUGAGUAAAACUUUUUAGUCAUUUGCGUUUUUGUGUCAAAUGCGCUUACGCCCGUUUUGUAAAGUUUAUUGAACAUAUAUGCUCCAGUAUUCAAAAUAUAUAGUCAACGUCAGGAAUUCGUUAUCAGCAAAUUCUAGUCCGCAGUGAUAGUGCAGUUCAGUGCAAAUGUAUCAAGUGUAAAUUAAAUGCACUGUAGUGUUUGUCAUAUUUAUAUAUAUAUAUAUAUAAGGAACAAGAAAUAAAGUAUAAUAUCAGUGUAUCUUAGUAUCAUAAUGACCAAAAAGACUCGGGGCUUGGGUUUAUACCUGACACAAGAGUGAGAAAAACCCGAAACCGGUUGGUGUUCUCUAUCACUCCGGGGUGGGGCGACAAACGCCUUCAAACCGUCGGCUUUUCAACUCCUCGGUCUUCAUAUAUUAGUUUCGAGACAUAAAACUCAACAGUGGAUUACAUAUUUUUAUUAAUAUAUUGUUUUUUUAUAUUAUAUUUUAUUUUUUUAUAUUUAGUUUACACAAAACUCAGUGCCUAGUGUCUGUAAAUAUUUUUUAAAAACUUUGUGUUUUAAAAAAAUCUAAAAUGUCAUCGGCUGCAGACAUGAGUCUGAUGGAUCUUUUCUUCGAUCAAGAAGAUCCGGUAUUAAAAAAUGGAUUCAAAGAAGAAAUUAUGAUGGAUGCUGAUUACAAUGAUCCUCUUACUACUGAAUCAUGGCCAACACCAACAGACGAGUUCCUCGACUCGAUGUUAAAAUUGGAACACCCAUUCAAUUUAAUGGAAAAUGAUGUCGACGCAUUACCAUCAUCUUCAUCAGACUCAGGAUUAUCAAGCGCACUGUCUCUGUCUUGUGAGCAACAGUUGAGUCCAUUACUCCCAAUAGAAGAUCAACUUGAGCUAAGUAACGACAAUCAAAGUAGCCCGCAGAAUUUCACCGACUUCCAGUACUUGGGAAGUCCCAAUGAUUCUGUGGGCAGCUUCACCGCCGACAGCCCAGUUAGAUCCGUAAUGAGUUCAAAUGUUGGUUCACCGGGCACAGAUAUGACCGAAGAAAUGGAUUUUGAAUCGAAUUAUAUUACAGCUGUUGAUCCAAAUGUCGUCGAAGGUUCCAUUGAAACUCCGGUUCAGUUGAUUAAACAAGAACCCCAGCCCGUCAUUGAAUUCAAUUCAGCACCUAAACAGCCAGUAAAGAAACAAGAAACGACAUUAAAUUUGCGUAACAUAACAUGCAACGGUAAAAGAAAUAUAAGACAAUUAAUCCGUGUAACACCUGUUGGUUCCGGUAAUCCACGGUCAAUAUUAUUACCCGUUAGUUUGAAGGAUAUGAAAGAAGUCCGUACAAUUAAAAUAAUAAAUGCAACACAAGCAAGAAAUUUAAAAGGUUUCAAAUUAAAUCCUGGAAACGUUAUCAGCAAGGCCAUUCCUGUAAACAUUAAACACGAGGACACGUCAAGCGAAAAAAGUAGCAUCCAAUCGGGCGACGAAGUAUCUGAGACAGAAUUUAUGUACCCGCCGUUGAUAUUGACUCCCGAAGAAAAACGUCUACUGGCGAAAGAGGGUAUUAGCCUCCCAUCACAUUAUCCGCUUACCAAAAACGAAGAGCGGGAACUAAAACGCGUAAGACGUAAAAUUCGCAACAAAGUAUCGGCACAGGAUUCGCGUAAAAGAAAAAAGGAGUACGUUGACAGCCUCGAGGACCGCGUCAAGCAGGACGCUGAGGCUAAAAUGAAUCUGUCAAAACGGAUAAAAGUCCUGGAGUCAACUGUCGAGAGCCAGGCUGGACAGAUCAAGAGCCAAGCUGGGCAGAUAAAACGUCUGCUGGCGAUAAUACAGAAUCGGAAUAAAAAUGCCCAGCCAGCGACAUGUCUAAUGGUUUUAUUACUAUCAUUAGCUCUUGUUGCUGUUCCUAAUUUACGACCGCAUUCUAAUAAUUCCAGUGAGUUAAGGAAACAAGAAUCAAAGCCAAUAACACCACCACUUGCUGGUCGUUCGCGAAGCCUGCUUUUCACAAAGCAAUUAGUUGAAGAAGAGUUCCAGCAAUACAGCGAGGAAUUGCUCCAGGAAGUCGAGAGCCUUCUAGACCAUGACUACAGUCCGAUCCAAGUCUCGCUCUACAAACCACCAUCGCGCUACGACGUUGAGCAGAAGGCAAACAACAACAAACUGUUCACUGGAGAUCUCUCGGGCGGGAUGUUUGCCCGAAAGUCAGAGUUCGCUGACGUCAAGUUGAGUAAAAAGUACAUUGAGCCUCCUCUCGACGACGUCUGGCCUCCUCCCAAGCCCGAUAACGUUCAAGCGGUCAAAGUCUUAGACAAACUCGAGGCAAUAACUAACGAGUUAAAAAUAAAUAUCUCUGAUACUGACGGCACCAGAACAGUGGUCCUCAAAGUACCGCAGGAAAUAUAAAAUUUUUCAUAAAUAAUUAUCAUUAAUUCAUUAAUUAGUAUUGGAAAUAUUUUUUAUUUAUUAAUUACUAAUUAUUCAAUUUAUAUAUUCAUUGGUAUUUGUUAUAUAGAUAUAUUUUUUUUUUACUUAUAAAUGCUUACGAAAUUCGUAGUCUAUUUUUUUUGCUAGGGUUAUAAUUAUUACAUAAUUAUAUAAAUAUUUUUUUUUUGAAAAUUUAUCUGAAUGAUAAUUAAACAGAAUGAAAUAUUACAAUUAGAAGAG